AUUUUAUUUUAUUUUUUUUUUAUUGUUGUUGUUGUUCAUCAUUAGUAUUAGAGAUUAGCAUUCUUUUUUUUUUAAAAUAGAAAUGAACAAUUCCCAGACUAAGAAAAGAAUAAUGAGUACAAAUAAUAAAGAAAAUGUACAAGUGACAGUACGUUGUAGACCACCAGGAAGAAAUGAAUUUAAUACUUUCUGGGAAAUAAUAGAAGAUUCAAGGGUUUGCUCAAAAGAUAAUAGAUUAAAGAGACAACAUGAAUUUAUGUUUGAUCAUGCAUUUCAUGGAAGUGAUAAUAAAGCAUUAUAUUUAAAAAGUGUUAAUAAUUUAAUAAAUCAAGCAAUGGAAGGAUUUAAUGCAACUGUAUUUGCAUAUGGUCAGACAGCAAGUGGAAAGACAUUUACGAUGAUGGGUACAGAAACAGAACCAGGUGUAAUACCUCGUUCAGUCAGUCAAAUAUUUGAUUUUAUUAAAAAGGCUGCAACAAGAGAAUUCUUGUUACGUGUCUCUUAUUUAGAAAUUUAUAAUGAAACAAUUAAAGAUUUAUUAAAUCCUUCAAAUGAUAAUUUAAAGAUUCAACAAGAUAAAAUUAGAGGCGUUUAUGUGACACCAUUAACAGAAGAAGUAGUGACUUGUGCAGAAGAUGUAAUGAGAAUUAUAGAAAGAGGAGAAGCCAAUAGACAUAUUAGUUCCACAGAUUAUAAUUUACAUAGUAGUCGAAGUCAUACAUUAUUUCAAAUGAUUAUUGAAAGUAGAGAAAGGUCUAAUACAAGUACUUCACUUGUCAAUAGAAGAACUUUAACUUCCUCUAUUUAUAAUACAAAGCAAUCUUCUUCUUCAAAGGAAACUGUUAGAAUUUCUCAGCUUAACUUGAUUGAUUUGGCUGGUUCUGAAAAAGCAGCGACAGAUGAAGAUCGUCGUAAAGAAGGGUCUUAUAUCAAUAAAAGUCUUUUAACAUUAGGGACUGUUAUUUCAAAAUUAACCGAGACAUCAAAGCAAUCCAAUCAUAUACCCUUUCGAGAUUCAAAAUUAACACGUAUCCUUCAAACUGCACUUACCGGAUUUGCCAAGGUAGCUGUCAUCUGUACCAUCAGUCCAGCUUCCUUGGAGGAAUCCUUAAAUACCCUUAAAUUUGCUUCGCGAGUAAAACGUAUUACGAUACAUGCUAAGAAUAAUGAAGUCAUGGAUGAUAAAGCACUCUUACAGAAAUACCGUAAUGAGAUUGCAGAUCUAAAAUCCAAAUUACAGCAAACAACACAAGUAUUACAAAAGGAAAAGGAGGUCACGGAAUCGGCUAUUUUAGCAGAACGUAGAGAUCAUGAUCAACAAAUAAGACAAAUGCAAAGUGUUCGUAAUGCGAUGAAGGAACGUAUAGAUCAUUUAACACGUCUCAUCUUGACAUCUUCAUCUGUUGUUAUGAAUGAUGCAACAGCAGAGCUUUUAGUAGCUGACGACCCUAGUGUCUUGAAAGCCAAUAAUACAAGUAGGUCACCCACCAAUGGAGAUAAUACGAGCAUCAUUAUUCAUAAUUUACGUCAACAACUUUAUAAAACCACAAAGGAAUCAAAAGAAAAGGAUCAACGUAUAUUAGCAUUAGAAGAACAAUUAAGACAACAAACUGCUUUUAUUUCGCAACUUGAAAUUUCUCUUAGUAUUACAAAAGCAGAAUUAGAAGUAACACAAUUGCUAGUAAAGAAAAGAGAAGAAGAAGAAAAAGAAGGAGAAGACAUUUUUAUGUUUAGUAGUCAACCACAAGUUAUCAUAAAUUAAGAAAGAAAGAAAGGGAACAAAACCAAAAAAAAAGGAAUAAAUAAGCAUGCUUUUUAUAUUAUUUAAGGAAGAACAUUUUUAUUAAAAUUUAAAUAUGCAUCUGAAACACC